UUAAAGUGUUGUUAGACGGCAAGCAAACUGCAACAGCAAGACAAACGUAAACUGACCAUCUCUCUAUAAAGGUAAAGGACAGCAAAAUCACAAACAGUUGGAGUGCAAUUCAACAAAACAGAGCAACAAUGCUUACCUCAAGCUACUGCUCCCUCAAUUUCCCCCCUCCUUCCACCACACCACCUUCUCCCCCAAUUUCAGCCGCGCCGCAGCUUUCCUGCUCUCCGACUCUCAAGGAUCGAUUGUGGAGGAAUCGAUGCGUCCUAGGCUUAACGUGCGCGAUAAUCGGCCUCGACGGCGGCGAUUUCGCGGUGGUUGGGGAUCAGGAGAGAGCUAUGGCGAUGGAUAUGCAAUCAUCCGCCGGGGCUCCGAGAUGGAGCGACAAGAGAGCUUGCUUGCCGUGGCAGACCAAUUCGCUUGAAACGAUCGUGCCGGAGAAUCUGCCGCGGCCGUCGGCGCGGCGGCGGUGGGAGGCCACUGGCUUCUCGGAGACGGCUCCGGCUGUUAGGGUUGCGGUGAAAUCUGGCGCCAAGGGAUGUUUCACUAUGUGAUUAAUAAUUAAUUAACCAUGUGUAGGAAAUGGUGUAUACUGUAAAUAUACCAAAAUAUAUACUACUACUACCAAUUUCGUAGUUA